AUGAAUGAGCUUUUGUAUAUGGCUGUACUCUAUUCUAAUUUUAGCUUAUCAAAAUACUCAACAAGCAUUUCAAGCAUAUAAAAUUCACAGGAGAUCCUUUAUUAUGCACUUAUAUUACUUUUGGUUACUAAUCAAGCGCUUGUGCUAUUUUCUUUCCUUUCACUUUUACGGAACCUAUGUAAUAGAUGCUUUACCAAAUCUUACUAAGAAAUUUCAGAGCUAGAUAAGACAGUAUAGAUAAAGCCAGAUCACUAGUAAGACAAUUUAGAUGAAAUGGAGUUUGAUCAAGAUAAUGAAAAGGAUGGUGGAAAAAAAGUCUAAAUAAAGAUAUAAAAUAUUGAAGAAAGAGAUGUUGGUGAGGAGGACUUUGGUGAUGAAGAAAUCAAGGAAAAUACAGAAGAAGGCAAGUAAGGAGAAUUAAAUACUGAUUAGAAGGAGACAAGAAUGUAUAGUACGGAGGAAAGCAUGCUACCCUCUAUUUCCUUAAAAUUCAAGAAUACAUCUAGUACUUUACUGAAUUUGAAGAGAUUCGAGAUAAUUGAUGAUGAAUUUGAAGGAGAUUAAUAAAAAGCGAGAAAUUUCAAUUUCAAUGAAUUAGAUAAGGAUUAAAACUUAAUAAAUGAGCUUUUGGAGGAUGAUUAAAAAGAAAGUGAUAGAAAAUUGAAGAAAAAAAAGAGGAAUUUUAAAAACAAAAACAAAGGAAAUUUAAUUGAGAUUAAGGACGAGAACAAUAAUAAUGCUUUUCAAUGA